AAAACACCAAUCGAAUUCGAAGGUCGCAAACGCGUUUCACUGGUGAUCGCAGUCUAUUAGCUGCGGUGACACUCUCUUCCCCCUUCAUCGGCACCAUGGAGGAACCAGAGAGCAGGAGAGAACCAAUAGCUCUCUUCAUGGCUUUCGGCACCAAAGGAGAUGUCUACCCUCUCGCUGCCAUUGCAGCAGCUUUGGCUCGUGAUCAACCAAACUACUCUGUGUUCUUGAUUUCACAUUUAGCUCAUGAGAACCUAAGCUCACACUUGUUCAAAGCAAACGUUUCUUAUGUUCCUGUCUCUUCUCCUCCUGCUCAGUCUAGUGAAGCUCUGGUUACUCAGGAAGCUACAGACUCAACAAGGAAACUCUUUUUGGAGGAGAAGGAAAGGAUCAAAAGGGAACACAGACAAGAGUGUCGUUCUGCAUUUGAAACCAUCUUUGGAGAGGGUUCUUGUAUGGAUGGUGAUCUAGUUGUCAUAAAUUUCUUUGCUUUGGAAGGAUGGAGCCUUGCAGAGCUUUAUCAGAUCCGUUGUGUGGUGGCUGCUCCUUAUGUUGUUCCGUAUAGUCCACCAUCAGGCUUUGAAAGACAGUUUAGGAAGGAACUUCCGGAGCUGUACAAGUACUUGAAAGAAGCCCCCAUCGGCAAGAUUAGCUGGAGUGAUGUAACUCAUUGGAUGUGGCCUCUCUUUACUGAAGAAUGGGGAUCUUGGCGAUCUGAGGAACUCAACCUAAGCUGUUACCCUUUUGCAGAUCCGGUAACAGACCUUCCAAUUUGGCAUAUCCGGCCACCAUCUCCACUAGUCUUGUAUGGUUUCAGCAAAGAAAUUGUAGAAUGCCCUGAUUACUGGCCACCGAGUGUUAGAGUGUGUGGCUUUUGGUUUAUACCCAACGAGUGGCAGUUAUCAUGCAGCAAGUGUGGAGACAACCCCUCUGCAGGGCCGCUGGGUACAGACGAUUCCCAUACAACAUGCUCAAACCACACUGAGCUGUAUUCUUUUGUAUCGACUUUAGAGCCAGCUCUUCCUAUAUUUGUAGGGUUGAGUUCCAUUGGAAGCAUGGGUUUUAUGAAGAAUCCCAUGGCCUUUCUUCGGAUUCUCGAGUCUGUUAUCCAGAUUACAGGCUACAGAUUCAUCAUUCUCACAGCGGGUUAUGAACCUCUAGAAGCAGCAAUUCACACCAUUGCUAAUAAACCGGCUUCAAAAAGAUCUUUACAGGAAGGAGUCUCAAUCUUCAACGGCAAACUUUUCUGCUACUCAGGUCAGGUGCCAUAUAACUGGCUGUUUAGAAGAUGUGCUGCUGCAAUUCAUCAUGGUGGCAGUGGCUCUACAGCUGCAGCAUUACAUGCUGGAAUCCCACAGAUUAUAUGCCCAUUUAUGCUGGAUCAGUUCUAUUGGGCGGAGAAGAUGACUUGGCUUGGGGUUGCUCCACAGCCAUUGAAAAGGAACCACUUGCUACCGGAGGAAUCAAAUGAUGAGAGCAUCAUGGAAGCUGCACAAGUGGUAGCAAAAGCCGUAUACGAUGCACUGUCUGCAGAAACUAGAGCUAGUGCCAUGGAAAUCGCUGAAUUACUAUCUCGUGAGGAUGGAGUCUCAGAAGCUGUGAGAGUGCUUAGGGAAGAGGUGUGUGAAGUUUCAGGCAGCAACCAAACAUAGUCACAGACACCGCCAAGCUUAUAUCAAAGUGAUGGUGAUCAAUGCGUUAUCAACAAGAAGAGCACUCAAAAGGAAUCUUAUCAAGCUCAACAAUCGACUAAGAUAAAUUCUAGCUGUUAGUUUCUGCUUAGCUUAGCUUCUUCAGUCUAAAACCUCUUCAGAUCCCGUGAAAGAACAACAGUGUAAGUUGUGUUGUUCAUUUUGAGGCACAUUUGAAAAGUUUUGUGGCCAGAGAGAAGUGGAAGGGAUCACAAAAGUCUUGCAAGUGCUUUUGGAAGAAAAGAUCAUUUUAUUUUUAGUUGUGUUGAUACUCUGAUUAGAUCUCAAAAUUGUAUUUUACUUUCUCAGUGUUUCUAAUAAAAUAGCCACAUCUUUUAUAUCCUA